UGUAUUGAUAUUAGAGGGCUUGAAACAGAUGCUCGGCAUGCGCUCGUUGUUUGCUUGGAUGGCAUGGCUUGUGUGUGACGCUUGUAAUUAGAGGUGCUUGCUGUGCCCUACAGUCGAGUGCGAGGCACGGCUGUAGGCGUAAAAAAAAAAACUCAGGCUAAAAAAAAUACCCUCUUUGUUCUCUCGCCCAAAUUUGUGUUUCUGGAUUGCAUGCGGUCGUAUAUCGCUAUGAAAACAUGGAUGCGGCGCAUCAUUUUUGAAUGGGCGCCGGAGGCGGGCGUUCGCGUGCGCUUGCUUCGAGGGGUUAUGGUUGCCUUGUGCAGUGCCACGGGAUGGAUCGCUGUGGUCAGUUCAUGUGGUCAGUCAUUAGCGACCUAAAUUAAAAUCGACGUUUAUGAUAGCGCUUCCGCAGUGUUAUUAAUAUACGCCCGGUGUCACUUGUGGCUCUGGACAUUGUUUAGUUUAGUUUUUGCGUACGCUUGUGUUCGGUGUUAGCACUUUGCCUCAAAAAGCAGUCAUGCUGAACGGAGGCGCAGGUGCGAAUGUCCAUUUUGCGCCCGCGUUGGCCCGUGCCUAUCGAUAGCCAGCAGGAAAGAGCGCUUGCUGUAGUUUCGCGGCGGCGUUGAUUCCUUAUCGUGCGCGAUGCUUUAACGUGCGUUACGCUUCGUGAAAUUCGGUUUUCUUCUUUAAUUCGUGUCAUAUAUGCGAAUGGCAUGCCGAGAAAUAAGCCCUAAGCGUGCAUUUCUCGUGUGAAAUUUGACUACGCGAAGCUGCUCCCGUCGAUCCGUGCGUUGCCGUCCAGUUUCGGUCAGGAACUACCCGUAGGCUGCACGCAGCGCAGCCAGGAUGACCCUGCAAUACGUUUGUCCCCUAUGCCCGUACGAGACACGGGCACGGGGCAUCCUCUACCGACAUUUGCUCAUUCACACCGGUGUCAAGCCGUACUGCUGCGAAAACUGCGGUCGCCGGUAUGCCCUGCCUGAAACACUGCUCGAGCACAUGGCGGCUCACCGCCGGGAGCCGCCGUACAAGUGCGGUCGAUGUACGAUGGCACUUGACCACUUCUCCGAGUACCUGAGGCACCAGGUGUACCACAUGCUCAAGAGCAUCCACCGCUGUUCAUUCUGCGGCGAGGGCUUCGUCUGGAAACAGGCCCUCAAGCACCACUGCAAAACUCACAAGGAAGGCAAGCACCUUUUCCACAUGUUCUUCCGGAAGACCGCGGGAAGGCGGAGAACUCGGUACCAGGACGAAAACGACAUGCCCCUAGACCUCAAAAUGAAAGUACCUGUCCAGGUGGGCAAGGGCUCUCUGGACUGCCCCCGGGAAAUGAAAGCCGGUAAUGGCUUCAGCAGGCUCGGCGAGCAGGACAGGUCAACUGGAUACAAUCAGCAGCCUUCUCUGCAGCCACAUCCAUUUGGCAACCUCCUGACACCAGGUGGCCCAUCACUUCUUGACAGCUACUUCAAGUUCUACAUGUACCCACACCUUGGUGCACCACUACCUUACCAGAACGGUGCAAGCCUGCUGUCGCCCGUGUUGCGUGCCUCUCCCAACGGUCACGAGGAUGAGGAUAUGCUGAUGGAGGCUGGCCUCUACAUCUGCCGAGUUUGCGGCUGGCAGUUCACCAAGGUGAGCCACCUCACGGCCCACAUGUACAUCCACACUGGUCGCAGGCUUCACAACUGUGACAUCUGCGGCAAGAACUUCACACGCAAGGGCUCUUUGAAGCUGCACCGGCUGCAGCACCACGAGGCAAAACCGCACCGGUGUGACAUCUGCCACAAAACCUUCUUGCAGGCUCGCUACCUCCGUGCCCACCUGCUAGUCCACCGCCGGCAAGAGGCCACUUCAAGACCUCCGGAGCCAGAGCCCGUGCCCAAGCGCUUGGAUGUGCCCGUGGUUUCACCAGUGUUCCAGGCUUCCUUCCAGAGCAUGCUUCAUGCUCCCGACAUGGGGCCUGCGGAACCGGAGGCUGCUGAGUCUCCCGAGUCGUCCGGCAACACUCCAUCGUCUGCUCACCAGUGCCCAAUUUGCCAGAAGGGCUUCUCGCAGCCGUACAAGUUGCGGCGCCAUCUGGUGAUUCAUGCCAGCCCCCGCAUUCACCAGUGCAACAUCUGCCAGAAGGUGCUGCCCUCGGUGACGGAGCUGCGGAGCCACAAGAAAUCGCAUGGCCGCACCAGGCAGCACUGCUGCGAGUACUGCAAAAAGGAUUUCUCGUGCUCAUCCACACUGCGGCGCCACGUGCGUAUCCACACAGGCGAGAAACCCUACCAGUGUGAGGUGUGCCUCAAGCGCUUCUCGGACCUGUCCAACAAGAACUGCCACAUGCGCACGCACACUGCCUCAGGCGCUGGGAGUCCAACCCACGACCUUGUGCUCAGAGGCAGAACAGCAUAGCCAGAACCAGACACUGCGGCGAGUAAGAGAAAUUUCAGCGCAUACAAAGAAAGUUGCUUUCAAUUUGGAUUUGAGAUACACUCCCUCGUCCGUUUCAUUCCCCUGGUGAUGUGUACUGUCACAGUCAGUACCAGAUGUUCAUGCUCGCAGACCAGGCAAGUCCGGCCAUUCCCAUGCUGUUGUUGCCUGUUUGUUGUUGCCCAUUUCCAUGAGUGCUGCCAGAGCUGUCGCCACGUUACUGCAGUCAGAUGGGGCAAACCCAAAUAAAUUACAAGUGACAGUGGACAUUCUUGUUUUGACAGCUUGAAGGAAAUGACUGCUGACAAAAAGGGAACUGCCAGUUGCUCAGCUAGCUUAAAGAGACAGGUAAAAUCCCACGGGAGGUGUCCAUAAUUUCUACGUAGUUACAGAAUGCAGAUUUCCUUCUUUAAUCUGUUUUAGUGCAUCUAUCGGAGAGCACUAUGGUGGAACAACAAAAGUUACAACAAUAGGUCGCCACCAGCAUACAUACGAGAUCUGCCUAAAAAGUAUCCAAUGUUUUUUUUUUACUUUAGCGAAAACUACAGAGUGUAGGUUGGCAACACUUUGCAUCAUGGUAGGAGGGUCUGUGAUGUGUUUAGCCUGCCGAUGGGGUGAGCAUCACUUCUGUCUGCUGUUGUGCUGUACCGUCAUUUGGGUUUGUGGUGAUUCUAAAUGGGCAGCAAUUGCAGAGCAAAUUGUACAAAGACUCAAGCGGAGUUGUGUACAUAGUUUGGCGAUACCCAAUAAGAAGCAAUUUCGAACAUUCAAAAACCCUUUGGCAACAAUGAUAUGGGCAUGAAGCAGAUGAAAAUGGGAUACACCUGCAUCAAGAAUCGCCAAAUGUCUCUGGAGACAGCACCACGCUGUAGGCGGUCAUUAGCAAGUCAUAAUAAUGCAACUGUUAAUGGACUGCAAACCUGGAUAAAGAGAGAAUGUCGGUCAGGUGUGAGAGAAAUUGCUCAUCUCUAGAUAGCAACAGAGAUGCUGUGAAUUACAUCUUAAAUGCGAUUUGUGUAUGAAGCGGGUAGCUGCAAAAUUUGUCCGCUAGAUUUUGCUAGUAGCGCUCGGAGACCUGGCAACCAGAACAGAGUAAUGCCUCUGUUCGUGCAGGUCACGUGAGUGUAAUUUCUGAUACACAGCAGAAUUUCGGUGGUUCAUCAAGCCCAUUCUUCAGACAUGGCCCCAUGCAACUUCUGGCUAUUCCCAUAAAUCAAAAGGCACCUGAAAGGAAUGUAUUUUUGCACCUGUCAGAUGGGUGUAAGAUACAAGAACACUCGUGUAGCAUGCUUUGGCUGCACAUUAUAGAAACGGAGACAGAUGAAAUUAAUAUGGACCCCUCCAUUAAGAUGCCUCUCGUGACUCGCUGUUCAUUUCGGGAUGUUAAAGCGUUUCUUUUUUUCUUUACAGUUAGAACAAAAACUUCGACUGCUGUACAGCCAGUCGCAAAAGCUUAUGGGACCAUGAAUUUGCGAAGAGGCCGAAUUCUCAAAAAGCCUGGUCACAUAGCCUUGAAUUCGAAGUUUCAACCUGUAGUAGUUUUUGCAGCCUACGCAGUGAUAAAAGAAAUUAUGAAUGUGAUGCCUUAGCAGAGCCACAAUUCACACCUGUUGAGAAGCCCACGUCUCGUAAAUUUCUUUUGCCGACUAUACAUUUACAGGAAGUUCUGACCAGUAGUUUCAGCUUCCUGGCCAAAAGAAGUUGCACACUAGUACAGCAUGACUGGUUGCUCGGCUUAGCCCUCGCUUUUAGGUUUUCUUUUUAAAUUAUUUUUCUUAAUGGCAUUGGCACUGUGAUAGUCUUUCUGCUUGCAAAUUGACCUUCAUCUUGUAGUAUACACUGACCUCGGUUAUUUUGCCUGUCACUGCAUGUUAUAAGACUGGGCGAUACUGAUGGCAUAGAAGCUUACGCUCCGGUGCUGGCGGUGUCACGCUCCGACAAAUGACUAGUUUCUCCAGAAAUCCACUAUGCAGCCGUAAGGCAAGAAAAAAAAAAACAAUGUUGUAUCCAGCUACUUGUGGCCCCAUCUCCUUUGCGGGCCUGGAUUGUGUAAAAAUACUGUUCCACGUUGUCUUGAAGGUGUACACAGUGUAAAUAAAUAAACUGCAGAGAAUCCAGCGUUGAGCUGCAUUUAAAAAGAAAAAAACUGUUGUGUGCCCAGUGAUGGGGCGCCAAAGUCUUCUGCUACCUCAGCUGAUCGGUGUCGUCUUUUCAUAGCGGACAGCUUGAAUGGCUGUAGUAGAAGCAAGUUUCUCUCUCUCUCUCUCUUGACCCAAGGUGUGUGUCGCUUAAUUUUGUUGUUUCUUUAUUGAUAUGCUGGUUUUUCUGUGUAUGUGUGUUGUAUGUGUUGCAUUGUUGGUACCCUUGGCCAACUGAAUGGUGUGGCGCUUUGUAAGGCAUUGUACUGAACUAGUGAUGAAGGGCAUUGCUGUAUUUGGGUAUUAUAUUAUGAAAACUGCUUUUCUUUUGUUUUUUAUGCUGUUCUUUGUCUGUGUACAGCUGUCAGUUAGUCAUGCAUGGCUGUCUGUUAGCAAAGUUCAUUUUGGUUUUGUUGGGCGAGAACAUUGUGAUGGUCUUUGGCAAUGCAGGGAAUUUCCCCAUUUCCUUCAUGCCUGUUCAUUGUUCGCAAUCAUACAAAUUUUGUCAUAAGUCAUCUCCAUUUAUCAAACUGUUGAACAAAAGCAGAGAAGGUCGUGUACUCGCACUAGAUAGAUUUAUUCUGUGAAACACCAUUUACAAGAUGGCCCAGGCAUAGAUACGAGCUGCGUUAAAAGGCACUCCAUGACUUUACUGCUUGUUUCUUUUCAGUUUGGUAAUGGUAUAUCUGACUUUGCAACUGUUGUGUAACAUUAAUGACUACGAGGCACACACUGUGCUUAUUACUGGAGCAAGAAUUAUUACUGACCAUGAAUUAGUGGUCGUAGUAAAUCUGCUUCUCUGCUCAGUCUUGUAAGUGCUUAGCAACCUGGUUUCCUCUAUCUGUGAAGAAAAUUUUUUAUUUGCUCACAACGUCUGCAGAAAAACUAUAUUCCAUCUCAGUGAUUGCGUGCAGUGCAGUGAAGACUAUAGCUCAUGUCAGCCAAUUGCUGAUGAGAGCCGGCAGUACAUUUUAGAGAAGGGAGGAGGGCUCGCCCAUUUUGCUCUGAAUUGUUCCACGAAGGUUCAAUUCAGUCGGCAUUGCACAGGGAGCGACAACUCCUUUCUUCUGCGUCUCUGUUUUCUUUGGCUGCUGUGAGCUGUAGCUUUCACUUCAAUGUUCAGAAUUGGUGAGAAGGAGCAUAAAAGUUGCAUUCGACAGUUGCGGUAACCAAGGCACAAUAGCCAUAUCGGAAAGCCAUUUGCUUAAGCGACACGAUUUUGAGUAUGUACUGAACAGGGAAGAAUGUCUUCCCUGUCGCUUAGCAGUACUGCUGGUCGUUGUGCGACUGUGUACGCAUGUGUCUUCUGCAGUCACCAUGCACUCUUUGGCCCUUGCUGGUCACAUGUAAUGUACGUAGUUCUUCAAUUGGCUGAAAGGCAAACGCUGAAGUUAUCUUGCUUCCAAACACUGUGUUGCUCUUGACCCGACUCGUCAUUUCCUCUGUUUUGCUGGUAUUAGUUAAGAAAAAGUUAUACUUUGGAGAGCACAUAGAUGUGUUCGUGCAAUGCUUGUCCAAGGCUGAACAGUUCAGUGACAUUGUGACUGCUGUUGCUGAUUCUCUGUAAAUAAUCCGUGUUCUCUGGAAGUUGGGGGAAAUGUCUAGCUACCUCAGGUCAUUGACCAGCCACUACUGAAAACGUCCAUAUGUCGGCCAGUAUCCUCUUGCCGGCAUUUAAAGUCCUCAGAAUGGAUGUGCUGCACAUUUAUUUUUUUGUGUUUAGCACUUUGAUAUGUAGUGUCUGUUUACUGCUUACAAUAUUUUGAAAAAUAGUAACACAUCUUCUUUGGCAGUACUUCAUUCUCACCUAAUAAGUAAACUCUGUAGUCCAACCUUUUCUUCUGCAUAGUAUGCGAACAUUGGCUUAAAUGCUGACAUUCUGAAACAAAAGAACUAGCAAGCAAGAAAUUUGAAUUUAAAAUUGUGAGAACCGCAGAACUAAAGACGUGUGUGAACAUGCAGGGUACCAGAAAACUUCCGAACAUGUUUUUAAUUAGUUUUAUCUCGUAUGACAUGCAAAAGAUGGCAGUCCAUGGACUGUUCUUCAAUAAGUAGUUUCUUGUUGGAAUGCUUAAUCAUCAGCUGACAGAAAACAUUUGAAAGCUCUUGCAUCUUCUGUUGGCAUCCCUAUGCAUAUGCUCAUAAAAAAAAAAGCUGUUUUUGGUGCCGAACUCUCACGGGUGCUUUUUGUGAAACCUUCUUAUUGAGACACCAGCAUCUUGCAAUUUUCUCUAGUGAUCUCUCACUUGCAUGUUUAUGCUUUUGGGGCAUAUGCAACUGUGGUGUCGUUGUUCACUUAUAUGGUUACUUUUGCAUUACUUGGCAUUUGUUGUGAGGAAUUGUGGUGUGACAUAUCAUUGAGCAGGAGCUUUUUAUUACUUUUUGUUUAAUUUCACUAUUUACUUGGCAAGCAAACAAGCAUGGCACUAUAGAGCUGCUUUGAAGUGUCUCAAUAUUUUACAUGACUGAGCAGCUCUAACACCUGUUUUACCGUGCAACAUUUAUUACUUGCUUUCACUUGCUAGAGUCGUUCAGAGUACUCUAAGGAUUGUCUUUGUGAAUGCAGGUUGUUUUAGAAAGAAUGCAACUAAAUGUACCGGUUUAGAAUAUGCUCAGUGUAACAUAGUGUCACCUUGAAAAUAAAGCAUCAAAGUAAACAUGAAUGUGUCUUUGUAUACAGCCUGCCUUUUGUUAGGAGGUUAUAGUACCCUGGGUUGAUAUAUAAUGUAGGCACACCUGUCUGAAGAUUCUGUU